AUGAAGCUUGGCCGUGGCAUCAACAUUGAGCACAUUAAGCGUAUGACGUUACGUACCAUGCGCGAAAGAACAGAUGGACAACCCGAGACACUUGCGUUCCUGGACGCGCUAGAGCGCAACGACUUUGACGAAGCCCAGUGCAAACGCGAGGCGCGUCAGAUGAUGCUCGUGCUGGAUGAAAAGAGGAAGCGUCGUGCUGCUGAGCAUCGUUCUACGCUCAAUUUCCAUGUGAUUCGCAUGAUGAAGAGUCAUCACGGUCCACGUCGCUAA